AUGUCCAAAAUCAUUCCAUGUGAUCGCCCCCCAGCCGCUUGUGACAAGGAAACUUGGAAAUGGGACAGAUAUUUCCACAAAGUGGAAAAAGGCAAAGCCAAAUUUGUGUCACCUCUUGCACUUGUCAACAGUCUUGUAAUGGAUUAUAGCGUGUGCGCUCAGAAAGGAGUAGUUUUUGAGACACGCAAUCAUGACUUCGACGAACUGAAGCAGGAACAAGAACCCAGAUGGUUUGCGAUUGUCGAAAACACGUGCGGAUACUACAUUCUUUCAAGAUUCGUCAACUCCACGGACUAUUUUUGGACACACGUGUUGUCAAGAAAGGUUCACACAAUGCUAUAUGCUAAAACCCGUGAUCCAAAGCUGGAAAAAGUUUUCUACUGCCCACCGUAUUCGCUGAAAAAUGAAUUCGAAGCAGAUUUGGAUAGUUUUGUCCAAAAAACUCAAGAUGAAGUGAUUGGAAAAAUGGCAAUCAAAGAGGAAUUCGAAAUGGAUCGACAUAAACUUCAUCGUCCUGAUUUCCGUGCGGGACAGCGUGUCGAGUUGCUCAGCUACGCAAACUCGUUGGAAAUCCGUGUCGCUCACAUUCAAGAAGUUUGCGGCCGACGACUGAAUGUGACAGUUCGCAAACGAGAUUAUCCACGAGACUUCAAUGAGCUGGAGGAUGACCGUCAAGCUGGGCACGAUGGUGCACAGUAUUGGAUUGAUCAAGACAGUUUCAUGAUGUUCCCAGUUGGAUGGGCAGCUAUCAACAAUUAUCAGUUGAUCGCCAAUGAGGAAUACAUUGAGCACACUAAAAAGAUUGCCGAAGCCUUCGACGACGGAACUACUCCCAGAUAUGACAUAAACGACGCGACGCCAGAUCAGUUUGAAAAGCCACCAGUGGAUCCUGAGAAAUGGGACAAACUGAAUAUCGGACAAAAAUUCGAGCUACUCGAUCCACUGUCCCAACAAUUCAAAUGUCUACAUGUUGCGUCUGUUAUGUCGUUCUGCAAGUCCGACGGAUACAUGAUCAUUUCAAUGGAUGGACCUCAAGCUGCCGAGGAGAGUUUCCCGAUCCACUUUCAUAAUCUGUGCAUGUACCCUAUGAAUUACGCCAAGAAACACGGUAUCAAGUUGGCGCCGCCGGAUGAGUUUGUUGGGAAAUUCAAAUGGGAUGAGUAUUUGAAGAAGCAGAAAGCGGUACCAGUUCCCGAAGAUGUGUUCAAACCAAUGCCAUCGAAAGAGAGAAUGGACAUGAUAGAAGUCGGAAUGCAUCUGGAAGCGGCUGAUAUGUGUGAAAAUCAGCUCAUCUGUCCGGCAACCAUUAAAUCCAUUCACGGGCGGCUCAUCAAUGUUAACUUUGAUGGAUGGGAUUCGGAGUUUGAUCAGCUUUACGAUAUCGACUCCCACGACAUCUUUCCCGCUGGAUGGUGCGAUUUUCAAGCAUACAUGCUCCAACAUCCAAAAACGGACUAG